GUGCCAUCCUAUGUUUUCUCCAUUGGAGACUACUUUCACCAUUGCCAUAAACAUGUUCCUUCUGCAUAUUACGUCUUGAAUUGAAGCCACCUUUUUUUUGUAAUAAUCACUCAACAAUCUCUAUUAUUAUUGCUAUCUCUCUUGGUCCUGUGCCCGCCUCUUUUUUAAUUUUCUUUGUACGAAUUGCCUCUCCUUCACUAUGCCUUCGAGACUCUCUGAAGCCUUCAGAGCCCACCCUGUUCACGUUCAUCACAAGCAGUUUGUCGACUUUACCUCCCUCCAAGAACUCCCUGAAUCCUACGAGUGGACUCAAUUUGAUGACCAGACUCAUUGUCCUUCAGUCGGUGACUCCGCGGAGUCGGUGAAAUCUGUUCCUGUUAUUGAUCUUUUAGACCCCAAUGCUCUUGAAAAGAUUGGCCAUGCAUGCAAAACCUGGGGUGUGUUUCAAAUUAUAAAUCAUGGUGUUUCUUGUAGUCUUCUUGAUAAAAUUGAGAAAGCUAGCAGGAGUCUUUUCACUUUGCCUAUGGAGCAAAAGCUAAAAGCUGCUAGAUCACCCCAUGGAGUUUCUGGCUAUGGUACUGCUAGAAUUUCUUCAUUCUUUUCAAAGCUUAUGUGGUCUGAAGGAUUCACCGUAGUUGGGUCUCCAGUUGAGCAUUUUCGCCAACUUUGGCCUCAAGAUUACAUUAAAUUCUGUGAAAUCACUGAAGAAUACCAGACAGAGAUGCAAAACUUGGCUGCAAAGUUGAUGUGGUUAAUGUUGGGCUCUCUAGGCAUAACCCAAGAAGACAUAAAAUGGGCUGGCCCAAAAAGUGAUUUCAAUGAAGCUUCUGCUGCUUUACAAUUCAAUUACUACCCAGCUUGCCCUGACCCCGAUCGAGCCAUGGGUCUUGCUGCACAUACUGACUCAACUCUACUCACCAUCCUCUACCAGAACAAUAUAAGUGGCUUGCAAGUUCUAAAAGAGGGAACUGGGUGGGUCACGGUUCCACCUAUUCCGGGUGGGCUUGUAAUCAAUGUAGGGGACCUUCUUCACAUCUUAUCAAACGGCUUGUACGUGAGUGUGCUCCACCAGGCUGUGGUUAACCGAACCAAGCAUAGGUUGUCCAUGGCUUAUCUAUAUGGGCCACCAUCAAAUGUUAAAAUAUCACCAUUAUCAAAACUAGUAGGCCCAGGUCAACCACCGCUAUAUCGGCCGGUGACUUGGAAUGAGUAUCUUGGCACUAAAGCUAAGCACUUCAACAAAGCACUAUCAUCUGUUCGAGUAUGUGCUCCACUGAACGAAUUAGUUGAUGUAAACGAGCAUAAUAGUAGGGUAAAAUUAGGCUCGGCUAGCUAAGAUAGAUUUGGAAUUAAUAAUAAAUCCUUUUUGUUGUAAUUCAUCCAAUUUUGUCUUCUUGUUUUAGUUCCUUUUCCCAAGAUUUUAAUGCAUGUUAUGGAGAUUCUAAUUUAUUGGGGGAUUAUUAUAUU